CUGCUGCUGAUCACUUACAAUCUGACAACACUUCCAAUCUACUCAGAACAGCCCCUCUCUCUCCAGCAGAGAGUGUCACCUCCUGCCUUGGACCAUCAGGCUCUGCUAACCAGAGCUCACCCUGCCUGCAGGAUCACAUUGCAAGGCUCUCACCUUUCUCACCUUGCUUGGGGGUAAAUCUCUUCUGCGGAAUCUCAGAAAAUCAAAUUCCAUCCUGAGGCUAUUUCACCAAGAAUUUCCUUAGGAGCUGUGCGGGGGGCCCUACGAUGAUACACCAACCACUUGUGCUGCUACCUGUCAAAAGUUUGGAUGGCCCUACUUUCAGGUCAUGACCCUCGGAUUUAAGGAAGUCUUCAGGACAAUGUCAAAUACGAUCCAAGAUAAAAUGUGAUUUGAGUCUGGAGACAAUUGUGCACAUCACCUAAUAAUAAAAACCAAGGAUAGCUGAUAAAAGAAUACAAAAUAUUUGGAAUUUGCUACAAUUAAGAAGAAAAGUUGCUUCUAGUUUGAUUCAUAUUACAUAGCAUAUUUAAUUUGGGCUCUGAUAAUGGAGAAAAAGUAUAUCCAGUAUUUUCUGUUUCUCUUGCCUUGUUUUAUGAUUCUUGUCACAGCAGAAGUUGAAGAAGAAGUCUCUGAUGACUUAAUUCAGUUGGGGGUUACUAGAAAUAAAAUCAUGACAGCUCAGUAUGAAUGUUACCAAAAAAUUAUGCAAGACCCCAUUCAACAAGCAGAAGGCAUUUACUGCAACAGAACCUGGGAUGGCUGGCUAUGCUGGAAUGAUGUUGCAGCAGGAACUGAAUCAAUGCAACACUGCCCUGAUUACUUUCAGGAUUUUGAUCCUUCAGAAAAAGUUACAAAGAUCUGUGACCAAGAUGGAAACUGGUUCAGACAUCCAGCGAGCAACAGAACCUGGACAAAUUAUACCCAGUGUAAUGUUAAUACACACGAAAAAGUGAAGACUGCACUGAAUUUGUUUUACCUGACCAUAAUUGGACAUGGAUUAUCUAUUGCAUCACUUCUUAUCUCACUUGGCAUAUUCUUUUAUUUCAAGAGUCUAAGUUGCCAAAGGAUUACCUUGCACAAAAAUCUAUUCUUCUCUUUUGUUUGUAACUCUGUUGUAACAAUCAUUCACUUCACUGCAGUGGCCAACAACCAAGCCUUAGUGGCCACAAAUCCUAUUAGUUGUAAGGUGUCACAGUUCAUCCACCUUUACCUGAUGGGCUGUAACUACUUCUGGAUGCUCUGUGAAGGCAUUUACCUGCACACACUUAUCGUGGUGGCCGUGUUUGCUGAGAAGCAGCAUUUGAUGUGGUAUUAUUUUCUUGGCUGGGGAUUUCCACUGAUUCCUGCCUGUAUACAUGCCAUUGCCAGAAGUUUAUAUUACAAUGACAAUUGCUGGAUCAGUUCUGAUACACAUCUCCUCUACAUUAUUCAUGGUCCGAUUUGUGCUGCCUUACUGGUGAAUCUUUUCUUCCUAUUAAAUAUUGUACGUGUGCUCAUCACUAAGUUAAAAGUCACACACCAGGCAGAGUCCAAUCUCUACAUGAAAGCUGUGAGAGCUACUCUUAUCCUGGUGCCGUUGCUUGGCAUUGAAUUUGUGCUUAUUCCUUGGAGACCUGAAGGAAGGAUUGCAGAAGAAGUAUUUGACUACAUCAUUCACAUCCUGAUGCACUUCCAGGGUCUUUUGGUCUCUACAAUUUUCUGCUUUUUCAAUGGAGAGGUUCAAGCAAUUCUGAGAAGAAACUGGAAUCAAUACAAAAUCCAGUUUGGAAACAGCUUUUCCCACUCAGAUGCUCUCCGUAGUGCAUCUUACACAGUGUCCACUAUCAGUGAUACUCACGAAUGUCCUAGUGAACACUUAAAUGGAAAAAGCAUCCAUGAUAUUGAAAAUGUUGUCUUGAAACCAGAAAAAUUAAGUGAUAUAGUUAUAUGAAAAUGGAGGCCUCAUCACCUGCUUCAUGCCAAUCUUAACUCAAGGAUUUGGACCUGUGGUUUUGCAGCAGAAAACUUCAAUAUUAGAUGAAUUUCUCAAAUGCCAUAAAGACAGUCUUCCACUUAAAGGAGAAUUGUGUUGAUAAAUGUUUGACAACUAGCUCUAUGUGGGGAAGAAAGCCCUGAUUUAUAAUAUUUGCCAGUAAAUACUCUCCCUGUGGCAGAUUUUAAACUACCAACUUGACAUCACUGAAGGUGGAAUUGGGAAAAAUGAUAAACACAAUCAACUUUCAUGAGCUGAUGUGGCUCAGCUGCAGCACAACACUGCAAGAACCUACAGAUGAAUAAGACCAAAGGUUCACAUACAGAAUGGGUAUAAUUCUACUCUUGUCACCUAACGAGACCUAGCUAAGUUUUCUACAUGUUGAAGAAAAAGUUAUUUUUUACAUGUUGGCUGGGAAAAAUCUUUACCCCAGUGUCACAGGUGCAGUUGAUGUUUACUUGUCCAGAAAGCACUCUAACUCUUUUUUUUUUUUUUUUUUUUUUUUUAUAAUACCUUUUCAAACAGACCAGACAGAGUUAAUUAUCCCUGUUGGCUUACCCUCUAUGCCCUAAAAAAGUAACAGCAGAAUUUCUGUGAGCUACUCGUUUGCUGACACAUCACCGUUAUAGUCUAUGGCAUGUCCUUUUCUGAGACUUGGUGAACAGGCUACAUGAUAUGUGCUCCUACUUCUGUAUUAUCAGGGAGACAUCCUGGUUGACUCUACAAAACACCUAGCAGCUACUUUCCCGUCUUGCUAUACAAGUAAGAGGGAAUCAGUUUCCCUGAAUCUGUAAAUAGAAAACUUUGUCCCUUCCAUUUCUACUGUGUAGACAAAUUAGCAAUCAUUUUAGAUGAAGGAAAUCAAUGAAGGAUUUCUUAUUAUCUUGGAAGUUUGUAAAAAAAAAAAAAAGAAUUGUGAAAAAUGAGCUUGUAAAUACUUCAGUAUUUUAUUUUAUAGUCUCAAAUGCACACA